AUGGCAAAGAAGCUGGUGGACAAGCUGAUAGUGGAGGAGAAGAAACGCUUGAUCACAUCGGCACAUCUGAAUAAAGCCCCGUUUCCACCCAGAGACAAUUUCUUCUUGUCCCGUGCUGAGAUGGAAACGACGACGGCGUUCAAAGUCCUCCGCGAGAUGCCAAAGGGAGGCGUGCUGCACGUCCAUGACGAAGCGAUUACGAGCAUCGACUGGGUCGUUAAGAAUGUCACCUAUCGACCUAACUGCUACAUGUGCGUGGACUCCUCCUACAACGUCGCAUUUCACUUUUUCUCCAUCCCUCCCCAAAACACAGAUUGCCCUUGGAAGUUGGUGAGUGAGUACAGACGACAGUCCAUGGAUGCAGAAGCUUUUGAUCAAAGAUUACACGCGAACCUGACCCUCUUGGCGGCCUCGCGGGACGUGCACGCGGCCUACCCCAACUCUGACGCCGCGUGGGAGGAGUUCACGGCCUACUUCCGGAAGAUAGAAGGCCUGAUGCUGUAUGCUCCAGUCUUUCAGGACUACCUGUACGAGGGCCUGAGGCAGUUCCGGGAGGAUGGAGUGCAGUACCUGGAGAUUCGCGCCCUCCUUCCGCAGGUAUAUGAGUUGGAUGGCAAAACACACGACAAAGCCACGGUGCUCGGCAUUUACAAGAAAGUCAUCAACCAGUUCGUAGCGGAUUUUCCUGAUUUCACGGGCGCACGUAUCAUCAACAUUGCUGUUAGGUACAAAGAGAAGUCGCUGAUGCUGGAAGAUAUCAAACAGGCGGCAGCCUUAUAUCAGUCGGACCCUGGUUUCAUGGUGGGUUUCGACCUUGUCGGACAUGAGGACCUGCUUUAUCCUCUGUCUUACUACUUCGAAGAGUUGCUUUACCCCUACCAACAGAACCCACCUAUUCAGCUCCCCUACUUCUUCCACGCCGGAGAGACUAACUGGGAAGGAACGGCCGUGGACUACAACCUACUGGACGCCAUCUUGCUUGGAACCAAGCGUAUCGGUCAUGGCUUUUCUUUGCUUAAGCAUCCGCUUCUAAUGGAGAAGGUCAAAGAAAUGAACAUUGCCGUGGAAGUCAAUCCGAUUUCGAACCAGAUACUGAAGCUGGUCGACGACUUGAGGAACCAUCCGGGAGCGGUCCUCAUCGCCAACGGCUUUCCGGUGGUUAUCAGUUCCGAUGAUCCGGUCGUGUGGGGCGCGCUGCCCUUGACACAUGACUUCUACGUUACUUUCAUGACAAUGAUGGGGGCCGACAUGGGGCUGGCCACACUCAAGAAGCUGGCUCUCAAUUCACUGGAGUACAGCGCACUUUCACAAACUGAGAAGCACGACGCCAUCCAUGCUUGGAAGCUGAAAUGGGACAGUUUUAUCAGCAACACCAUACAGAAGUACGAUUUGAAACAUUUAUUCCCCGUUGGCUAAACCUGAUAGCGCACUGGUGUCUUUUCACGCCGAAUUGUACACCGACCUUCGUUUGGAAACACUAAUCGUUCAACACAGAAAUUCUUACCAGUGACUCUUUUCAGUUAAUGGUCAGCUUACCAGAGUAAGUUAAACAAUCAAACACAACAACAACA